CAAAAGGUGAGGUGAAAAUUGGUUUCGGAUAGUCAGUGUAAUCGCUGCGACAUUUUUCAGCAUAUCUACUACGUAAAAGUGAUUAAAUGCUAUUAAAAGUAGUUGCAGUGCACGUCAGUCGCCAAUCGACCAGCAGCAAUAGUGGAAGCAGUUCAAUAGAACAGGGAAGGCCUACAACUUUCUGCCUCCCCUUCGAAGUUUCUAGCAGCAAGGCCAUUGCUGUUGCCCAUCUAACUGCUCCCCAACAAGAGGACUAAAGGCAGCACUUUUUGGCAACAGAAAAAAAGUUUCGCCAGCAAUAACCAGGAAAAAUUCAAACAACCUCCCAUCGAAAGUGUGUGAUUGAUUGAACGUAGAUGUGACAAUGAAGGGUUUCAUGAAAUCACCCUCUACCUGCAAAUUGUGUGCGUGCUACUGUUGUUUUUGGUUGCAGUAUUAAUCGCUAAAGGGAAAAUCAGUUCCAUGGGAUGCGUUUGAAAGUGGCGACGCAGUAAUUCAAGAUUGGAUGAUUUCUAUCCUUACCCUUGGAGGGUAUUCAGCCAUUCUCGUUUGCUUCAAGAGGGAAGCAAUAAGGAAUAUAGUUUGUGCAGUAGACUGUGUAGGGUUAUCAAGUCGAGUCGAAAUAAGUUAAUUACAAACUUUCUGUUUUGUAGUUUCAAACCCAGAGUAAAGCUAUAGCUUCCCAGCUGAUCGAGAUACUCGAGUAAUGAUAGAGCUAAUGUUAAAGUGUAUAGUAAGAGCUGAGCUGUAAGUGUGCUGAAGUGUUUUUCCCGAGGAAUAUUUUUAGAGUUAUUUUGAACAUUUUGAUUUUUCUUGCUGGGUGGAGCAAGUACCUAUUCCCAUGAAGAUGGAAUAAAGUGCACAUAACUAGAGAAAUAAGGGAUUCACUUCUACCACGUAUAAAAUUAAGUGCAGUUUUCCUCCCCCGAUACGAAUACAAUCACGUAGGGCAGCAAUCGAAUUGGUUUUUUAUAAAAAAAAUAAAUAGUGGAGCAGUCCACCACACCAACACGCCAAGAAAAGCAUAAUAUUAUUGUGUCGGCGGGGGAUUGUGGAAAAUUUCGGUUUUCGCCCAGUACACAAAUACGCAAAAAGAGAGAAAAGCGAAAAGAAAAUAAACAUUCAGCCUGUGCCAAGGGAAAAGAAAAACGAACAGCUGAGAAACCUUGAAAUCGGAUAUAUCUGCACACACAGGCAAAGGAGAACAGACCAUUCGAAAAGGUUUGACUCCCGUUCGAGAGUCGAAGGCGAGCACAAGUUAUUUGCGGAACAACGGACUCCGGUGGGAUUUUUUUUCUGUUCGUGAACGCGGUAAAGUGAAGUGCUGUUGUUUUUGUCGUCGUGUUUUUGUUUAGCUGUUUCUCUUCCGUCAUCAUGCCGUGGUUCGUACCGUGGUCCAAUGUGAUUAAGAAGAAAGUUUGUCGGUUCCUGUUGCAGCGGUACCUCGGCCAGUUUCUGGAGGAGAAGCUCAGCUUGGACCAGCUGAACGUGGACUUCUACAAUGGCACUGGAACGGUGUACGAUGUUUCGCUGGACUGCAGGGCACUGAAUGACAUCUGCGAAGGGCAAGGCUGGGGCAUUGAGGUCAUCUGCGGUCACAUCGGCGCAGUGACGGUCAACAUCCCGUACGAGGCCCCACUCGCCAAGGACAGCUCGAUCGAGGUCACAAAUCUGUCCAUCAGCCUGAGACCCAAGGCACGCUACACCGAUGGAACCUCCAUGAUCGAGUCGAUGUGGUCCUCGGUGUCCAGCUCGAUCCAGCUGGCCCAGGAGUGUUUGGAGCGGGAGGGAGGACUCGGUCCGGAUUCGCCAUCUAGUGCUGCUAGUGCCGCGGCCACUGCCACAUCCAAUACCAUCGAGGGAUUGGAGAAAUUCGCACAAAUCAUCGAUAACGUCCUAAACCGGAUCAAAGCUCGGCUAGUCAACACAGAAAUACGCAUUGAAUACCUGCCGCCGGAUGGAGACUGCGGAGUUGCUCUCAUUAUCAAAGUCAAGAGCAUUGAAUACGAAAAUGAGGCCGGAAACGAUCCGCCCGAACAACCGGACCAAUCGAUGGGGAGCAGCGGCAGUGAAUCCGGUCGCACCCAGCCGGACCAAUCGAGGCAGAAAUCAUUUCUGAUUGCCACCCAUGCCACACAUCAUCUGUGCAUGGAGGGUAUCACAUUCUAUACCGAAGAAUUCCGGAUACACAACCCUCGUCAGCAGCAGAAAUCUCGAAGACAGCCGGAACAACAACAACAACAACAACAGCGGGAUUCUUCCGAAGCACGUGGUGAUAAUAGUAGUUUAAUAGCGAGCGAGCAGUUUUUGAGUACGAUUUCGCAACUGCCCGAUACGUCGUCGAGCUCGGUGGCGCUCGGAGGAAACGAUUUCUUUAGUUAUACAACAAGCAUUUGUGAUAAUAGUAAUAUUAAUAGUAGUUUUAAGCGAGUUGAACCAGAACCAGAGGAGGAUUACGUGGACGACAAUUAUGAGUGCUUCCGAUCGGGGGAGAUUUUAGCCGGAAAGAUUAACUCGAAGCAGGAGAUUCGAAUCAAAAUGAAGCAGGCAGAAAAUUUGACCGGUCCUAAUGUAGAGUUAGAGAUGUCUCUAGGCAGUUUGCAGCUAUUUUUAACGCCAAGACAGCUGCAUUCGAUAAUUCUUAUAAGUGAUAUACUAUUGGGAGGUAACGAUAUACCGGUGCCACCCAAAUGUUUACCGCCUGACAUAGGUGUCCGGAACCAGCAGCAGCGGUACGAAGAAUGUGAAUACGAUUUCAAACAAAACGUCAGUAGAAUGACCGGUGGCAUUGGCUUAAACCAAGGAUGGUCAUUGGCAGAUCCGAUGCAAGCAAUGAUUCAGGAGCAGUCAGAAUUUUUGGAAAAUGAUUUCCGAGACGAUGGUUGCAUUUCAGAGAUGAUAGAAUCUUCCAAUAGCUCCAUGACCAGUUCGUUUACGUCAUCCAGUAUGGGAUCGCGAACCACGAAUGCUAGUAGAAGAAGACCAAUAGACCCAGAUGCGGACGCCGAUAUUUGUAAAUUCAAUGUUAGAGUAGCAGCAGUGGCCUUUGUUUUACUGCACGAAGACCUGCUUGUAGAGAGCAGUCAAAUCAACUCGAAUGAGUCUCCACUGAGUGAGGCGAGCGUUCAGAAACUACAAUCUAAGGCUGAGAAAUUUUUUCAAUCAGUGGGCAAUCUUGGCCUAGGACUUGGUGCUAACGAUAUUAUUAAUGCAGGAUUAAUAAUGGACUCUGGUUGUGAUAGUAGCCAUUUACGGUUACUACUUGCCCCCAUUAUUCUGGAAGGAGAUCAGCAACGAAACCGCCUUGGUACGGUGUUACGUUUUUCUUUUACUAUUGCCAGAGCAGAUCUGCGAGAAGUUCUAACGGACGUAUCAGUUCCACUGAUAGAGUUUAACAGAGAAAAGAACAGUAGUGCACUCCCAAAGCGACCAGAAAUUACGAUACACUUUAAGCAAACAUGCAAUGCUCUCAAAGGCUCAAGUGGAAAACGAUUUACACCACCUAAAACCGAAAUACGCAUGUCAUUGGCGUCAUUCCUUUCGGAGUUCGAUAUAACAAUCUUAGAUCGGCUCAGCUUCCUGAUUUAUCAGUUUCCAUUUGCGUCCUAUUAUGCACAUAGCACACCGGUAAACUCACCAGCAUCGCCCUCUAACUCUGGCCCAAUGCGAAGCAAAAUGGAAGCAAAGACUGAAAUCUACAUAGACACGCCUUCAAUAGAUUUCCGAUUACGUUUUCCAAUACCAGAUCUUCGACCCAUUCAUGAUCCGCAACGAAUUCCGUGGUGGCGUCGAAACAUUCGGCCGGAUUUCAUUCUGAUUAAACUACAACAAGCGCGCUGUACAAUUGCCCUUACUCCUUAUCCACUGUACGAUAUUUCGGCCAACGAGAUGCAAUUUUUCUAUCAUGAAAGUGAACUUAAAAGUGACCAUGUCAAUAUUGGUAAAGCUGUGAUGACGGAUAAUAUAUCCAGUAAGUUUGAUGGUCCAGGAAGGAGAACCAAAUCUAGGCCCGAUGGUGUAGAGUACCCACGAUUAGUGAUCGAAAUCCCAAGUGAGGCAGCUAUGCAGAGGCUACAGGAACAGCCUCCACAGCAGCAGCACCAUCCAGGAUCUGGACAGAAACGAAACGCUAACAGAGGCAACUACGAAGAAAGUGAUAGUGAUCCAACUUCCAGUGAGAGUUUUGGUGUAACGACGGGAAGAAGCAAAGAGGACACACCGUUCAGUGCAAAACGCGUAUGCCGAGAAAGUGAUACUCCACACUCCAAGGCGUCAGCUGAUGAUCCAGAAACACUGACAUUGCCAGGAGACUCGGAUGAAUUGAACACAUUCUGUGAGGCGGCCAUGAAAUUGAGCAAAUUGCAAAUCAAAAUUGAUUUACCGGUUGUGAGUUUCCAGCUGAAAUCCAAACAUCUGUAUGAGGUCAUUUACAACCGAAUCAGUACGGAUUUGUUGCUGUGGGAACCCAGUGCCCCCGCUGCAACGGCGGCUGCUGAGGCCAGUGCCAGCAUUACAGCCUCUAAGGUAGCAUUUCAGGAACCGGAAGUUAACCUAGCUGGCAUGGGUAUGAUGGACAGCAUCUAUGUGCCGUUUACCAUGUGUCAAAGCGCAAUCCAAUUAGAUUCAAGUACGUCUGCCUCCAACUCUGAAUCCGAGUCGGACUCGGAUGGUAUCUUCUACUCGGUAUACGACCGCAGCAGUCACCGGCAGGUUCAACACGAAUCGCGUCACCAGUCAUCCGGGUUUCGGGUUGAUCAACAGCGUCAUUUCCAGCAGCAUUCGGGAACGCACAAUCGUGGCCAUCGGAACCAGCAGGCUGCUCAGCACCGAAAGGCAUUCCACGUGGAUAGGAGCAAUGCCCUUGCGUUUCAAUUAAACAUAGGCCAAGGGAUGUUGACAAUGUUAGCUCCGGUUCGGGAUGCUCAAAACCACGUGAUACCUGGUCAGUUAGGGGAAUUCAUUAUCAAGCUACAGUCUACCUACAUCUUUUCGGUUAAUGGAUUCCACGGAAACAGCAAUCUAGGAUACUUGUGCAUACAGGGAAACGCUGCGGACAUUUAUCAUUGCGGGUUGAUACCAACGCCGGUAAAUAAUCCUCCUUUACGGUUGGUCAACAGUGUGCUCCCAGGGUACAUAUUUAGUACCUUAUACCCGACACCGAAAAAUUUGACCAUAAACGAACAACGAGGCUGCUCGAAUCGGGAAAUGUUCUCGCUGGCCAUUCAGAUUAAAGCAAUACCGGAUCAAAGUAUCAAGCGGAUACGGAUAGCGGCUGGUGUCCAGCUGGCCACGCUACGCCAUCACUCAACGCUUCCGCAGCACUCGUGGCUAACACAACUUAUGGAUAUGUUUGAUGUGGUCGAUUACCCAGUUCAGGGAUACAGUCCCAUGGGAGUGAUUACGGAGAUGCAUCUACAUCUGUGGGACUGUGCCAUUGACUACCGUCCGCUCUAUUUCCCUUAUAGGGCGGUUAUUACGGUCGGAUCGUUUAUGAUCAGCAGCAACAUAACAACGGAGAGUUCCGGACUAACGUUACGGUUUAUUGCUGAAGAUGCCACGCUUUGUUUGGCACCGCAGGCUUUUGUUGUUCCAGGUUCUGAGAGCGACCAGGGAAAAAAAGUUGGGGCUUCUAAGGAAGACAAUAAAGUAACGGUAUUGCCAGCUUCGGAGCUAGUAUGCUUGGUAGAUUUGGGUUUGUUUGAGAUUUCAUUGCGUUUGAACGACAAGGCAACUAGUUCGUUUCCAAAGUUCGAUUUACGAACGGCCAUCAACGAUGUGCAUUUGAGGACCUGUGCCGAUUCUGGUCGAGCAUUAGCUCAACUGAUUGGUUAUUUGGCUUCCGAUGGCGAUUUGGUUUCCCAGGACGAUGGGAACAGUGAAGUGAGCGAUGAUAUGAGCGUUCAAGGGUUGCCUUUGGGGCAGGAAUCUGAAGGUGAUUUGGUGCCCGUGAAGGUGAAUCAGGCACCAGAAGUGACCCCGAAGCAGCAACAGCGAGUUAAUUCGCUCAUGGCAGAUGCCAUGGAAGAAAGUUUAUCACUGCCGAGCAGUGGAAGUGAUCCAUCGAGGGAUGAUCAGUUGCUGGCAGACGGUGAAGGAGUAGAAGUCUUCUUUUUCCCGGAUGAAGAUCAAAGUCGAGCUGCUGUCGACAAGAAAAUGGCUUCAAAUCUGGUUUCGGAUAACAGUAACAAGAGACGGUUUGCAUCGGAUGAUGAUUCUUUGAGCAUAGAUGAGGGUUCCAGUAUUCCUUCUUCUUAUCAAGAUGACGAUAAUUAUUUAAAACAACGACAGUUUGAUGAGAACUCUGAAGAUAACGGUAGUGUGAAUACGGAAAUGAGGGAACUGCUAAAUUUUGAAUGUUCUGUGAUGGGUCUUCAGAGUGAAAAAGACGAUGUUGAAGAAACUGUGGAAGCUUUACCUCAAGUGACUAUGGAUCUCGGAGACGUCAGUAAAUACGCUGGAAAAUCUGUUACAACUGGUGAUAACAUUUACCACCGUAAAGUGAGCUCGGAUACGGAUGAGGACUUCUGUUUCAUAGUGGAUGAAGAAAAGCCUCAUUAUGGCAAUCAGGAAGUUCCUGUACUGGAGGAACCUAUUCGGAUUAUUGAUAAUCAUUUCAGCAUUCCGAUGGGAAAGCCGGAUCUCCUUUUAGCGCCCAAAGGAUUCCCGAUGGCAGUGACCCGUUAUACCAUUUGUGAUUUGUCCGUUAAUUGGCAGUUGUAUGGAGGUCACGAUUUCCCUACUGAGGAAGACAAAAAGAAACCGAAAACCAAAAAGUCCGAACACAGCUUUGCCCAUCUUCCUAUGUCUGAAGCAUACAAGAGUGGAGUGAGCUAUUCUAACGGAUCGCCAUCUGUCACAUUUGGACCUAUUCCGGUACAAAAGCUUCCUUGGAAAAGUCGUGGAGGUUCCGAAAGGCGCCAUGACGUUAUGAUGGAAGUUCAAGUCCAAAAAGUAAAAUUCUCUCACGAAGUAUAUCCUCCCAACACAGAACAAGCAUCUCGGCAAGUAUUGCUGAUAACAGAGCUCGAAAUUUUAGAUCGCCUUGCCAUUUCCGACAUUAAAAAGUUCCUCUAUCAAUCGAAUGUAGGUCCUCGACCCGUUAAAGGUAACAACCAUAUGAUGGUAAUAAAAGCAUUGCACCUUCGACCUAAUCCGGUUCUACCGGCGCAAGAGUGUUGCUUAAGGAUAUCUAUCAUGCCGAUUCGUUUAAAUAUUGACCAAGAUUCACUUCUUUUUAUGGUGAACUUCUUUAGCCAGUUGGGAGGUGGAGCUGACAUCAGUGAUACCUCUCCGAACCAACAGCAAUCGACGGUGUCGACAACUCGCACAACCCAGUCCACGCCGUCACAUCAAGUUCCGGUAAUGAUGGUGGAACUGCCGGAUCCUGCCCAGGAACUACAGGCAAGGAAAAUGGUAUCCGAAAACCUAAUGCUUCUGAUAGAGGAAGAAGAGAAAAGCAAAGAACAGCCAGAAAAUGCUAGUGAACUGGGCGAUGAUUCACCACCAAUUUACUUCCGGAACAUUAUUUUCGGCCCAGACGUGCCGAUUCGUAUCGAUUAUCUCGGAAAACGGGUAGAACUAUCACAUGGUCCGCUGGCCGGACUGCUGAUGGGAAUUGGGCAGCUGCAGCGUUCGGAAAUCCGGUUGAAGAAAAUUUCCUACCGCCACGGAAUUUUGGGCAUCGAUCGGUUGCUGAACUUUUUGCUCCAGGAGUGGCUGCAGGACAUCAAGAAGAAACAGCUGCCGAAGAUUUUGGGCGGAGUUGGUCCCAUGUACUCGUUGGUGCAAUUAUUCAAAGGCAUCUGGGAUCUCUUCUGGAUGCCGAUAGAGCAGUAUCAAAAGGAUGGACGCAUUGUGCGGGGAUUGCAGCGUGGGGCACAAAGUUUCACUGCCAGAACGGCAUUGGCCGCUCUAGAAAUUACAACACGGAUUAUUCAUCUGUUACAGAUAACGGCUGAAACUGCGUACGACAUGGUAUCGCCCGGUCCAUCCGUUCGCCGAGGCCGUGGUAACAAGAAAGGCAAACGCAAACGACUCCAUCCUCCGCAGGAUAUUCGAGAAGGGGUGACUAAUGCUUUGCAGAUUUUCAAAGAGGGAAUAAGUGAGACAGCCCACAAUAUAGUCGAGAUUACAGCCCAGGAACACGAUCAGAAGGGGUACUCUGGUGCGGUAGGAGCUGUCAUGCGCCAGAUUCCGCCCAUCGUGGUGCAACCGAUCGUGUUGGCUACGCAGGCUACCAGCAAUGUGCUCGGUGGCGUCAAAAAUCAGCUGGUCCCAGAUGCCCGGGCCGAGGCACGAGAAAAGUACAAGGACGACGUUGAGUAGCAGUAGGGGGUCGGGGCCGAGAAAUUGCAACAUUUCUACUGCGCCCUGGAAGCAGGUUACUCUGAUUUCCCUCAAUAUUUUCCUCCAAGAAAAAAGAAAAUUUACUUAUUAAUUAAGUUAUCAAUUUAAUUAUUUCUUGACAAUUUGUUACACAGUAGGUUGUACGUUUUAUUUUAAUGAUACAAUCGAAAAGAAUUUAGCCAUAAUUAAGAAAAGGAAUGCAUUGCUGAUAAAUGCAGAUCUAAAAUUUACCUAUUUAUAGUUUGAGACAGCUAAUAAACAAGUGUUUGGAAACGUUUUCAAGACUAACUUUUGUAUCGUACGUCAUUCUUUAAGAGUUUACUAGAACUGAUCAAAGACAGUAGCUACUAGCUUGAUUAAGUGGAAUGAAAAUAUAAUCUCUCUAAUCACUUUAUCCAUCCUACGAAUUGUACGUUCUUCUAAGCAGUUCGCCCAUCUACUAUUUUAGUACGUCUAUGAAUCAAUAGAUAUGGUCAAGCCAUUACUAGAAUCAAUAUACUUCUUAAAAUUUAAGCUCUUACAUUACCUAAAUAUCGAAAACAAAUUGAUCGAAUUGGAUUGUUAUCCGUUCAUGGAUGGACCGGAAUGAGUCAUAUUUUCGCUGCGAUGUGAACUGGGAUUGUGGCACGAUUUUACUGCGAUCGGAGCGAUCGGGGUAUGGUUGUGGUGAAUUUGGAAAGACCAACCGCAUUGUUUGGCGGAUGAUGAGAAGAGAAUACUACUAUGGCUGCGUGACUGAUGCAAGAUGGAAUAUUUUUUAGCUAAGUUUAAAACCAACUCUGUAUUCAUAGCGUUCGAAAGUGAGUCAGAAUGCUUUCGCAAUAAAUAAAUCUUAAUUCCUAAAAUAA